AUGGCGUAUUGGUUCGACAGGGCGGUGCACCAAAACGCCGAGCAUGUUGAGAGACUCGGCGUCCAGACGAUGGACGCCCGCAUGAAGACGGUUUACGUGCAGGGAGUAGCCACUGCUUCAGACUUCGUCAUUGUUUUGCCAGCAAAACAGGGCGUGUUUACGUGGCCACGCUUGGCACCAGGCCCCCUAUCACGAAGCAUGCUGUGCUCAACUUGCUGCAGCCGCCAUAACCAGGGUUUUGUAUCCCGCCCUUUUCUGAAGAUCCAGUCUGAUAAAGCGGCGACGGGUUUUGAGAGUGCGCUCAUAAGCCUAGCAGUCUCCCUUUGUUCCCUUGGGCCUGUUGUACACCAAAACUCUCGGCCCAGACAGCGUCGCCACCCGCUCACACCAAUCAACUUCCAUCGCCGCUUCAACUCAACAUCUCCCGCCACCAUGUCGGACUACCUCAACCCUUACCUGGACAACACGGUCAUGGCUGGCCUUGAGGCCAAUGAGGGGCUGUUCGACCUCAGCUUCUGGGAUGACCCUACCUUCAUUGGCCAGCCAUUCGACUUUAACGACUUGGGCUCCCCAGGGAUACCCUACAAUUCAUCUGAUCCGGAGGCUGCACCUUCAUUGGCCCCACGCCCGAGUGGCAAUUCCCAUUCUGCGCCGGCUUCGGUACCAGAGCAUGCAGCUGUCAUAACUGAAGCCGGCCAUGUGUGUAUCGAAUGUGGAUCAGUUGAGAAAACGAAGCACAAGCUUGAUUCGCAUGGGGCCAUAAAAGCACACAGUCCCUUUGCCUGCAUCUGUGGCCGCAGAUUUGCGAGGUCAGAUAUCCUUACUCGACACCUCAAGACAAAGAACAAUACCCAACCUCAGCAUCCUUGUCCCUAUUGCAAGAGGCACCGUGGCAAAUCUGCCUUCCAUCGACGAGACCAUCUCAAGCAGCACAUCGUGGAAUACCACAAGUUUGACAACGAAGAAACGAUCCCUUGCAUAAAAUCUUCAAAGAGUCAACGGUUUCCACCCAUUGGAGUUUGUCAUGAACCGACUUGUCCAGACUACCGGGACACCUCGUUCUACUUCUUGAGUCGGUUUGAACGAAACAAGAUGGCACCGUUUCUCAAGCUUUCCGAGUACAACAAACAUAUGAGAGACGCUCACAGCAUUACACCAUUUCCAUGCCCGGCAUCAGGCUGUGGCCGGGUCGGUGCUAAAGGCUACAUCCGAGAGAAGGAUCUUAUGAACCAUCACCGAUCGAUGCAUCCUGAUAGGCAACCGUAUCUCCCUACAGUCGCGCGAUAGAACCGAUUAUAGGCAAUGCCCAUACCCAGGUUGCGCUGAAGUAUUGUUUUUGUGGGAUUCGGAGGCACAUGCCAGGACUCAUCUCUUUGAAGAGUAGAAGGCGGGCCUUUGUGCUGCAAUUGUCAGGACCGGGUGAAAGGGAAAGUGCUUACAACAAGAACGAGCAACAUGUAGCGCAGAACUUACCCCAGGCGAAUGUCCUUUUCCUCGAUGGCCAUCAACUCAUUCGUCCGGGUUUUAAACUGAUGUUUGGAAGCCCUACAUUAGUCUUAACAGUGUACUAAACCUCUCCUGUCUCUCUUUUUAUGCACGAUUUUGUUUUGGAACGAUUUUUGUUCCUCAUGAUAAGGUUCUUUGUUAGAUACCUGCUUAGCAGUUCAAAUCCACCAUCUACUCUGAUGUAAGAAAAGUUCAUAACCUCUUAGUACUUGGUGUAGUUGGUAUAGUUGAGCAAUUGUGAUCGAAGGACAAGUUGAGAACUCCAUAAUUCAAU